AUGGGGAUUUCAUCACUUUUUAGGGAACCGAUUCUUUUGACUCGGCUCCCUCAAAAGACUGGGUUCUUAUGGCUCCGAAGUGGCCUCUCAGAUUCGAUUUGGUUUCAGUUUAUGAUCAACAUAAUAUUGUGUAUUGUGGAGAGUGAAACACUUAUGUGAAACAAAUACAUGAUAUCAAAUGGAAAUAGAUUUGAAUCAGACCUCAGUGAACAGCUACAAAUAUCUUGUUAUAGGUAGACAACGAGGAACCAACCUACCAAACCCGAGCCACCACUCACUAGUUCCUCAGUAACUACUCUAAAUGCAUGUGCCUUAGUCGUUAUGUUCUUCACGAGUUCUCCAGUAACUACUGGACUUUGUGUACCUUAUUGUCCCAUGCAGGGGACUAAAUUCCUCCGGAACUAAUCGGCUCUAACGUGUUUGGCCCCCAUCCACGCCCCUCAGCGUGGAUACCCGCCGCCACACAUCUUGACCAAUUACAUUCGCCUUUAACAGAAAAAAGGCGAGGAAAAAACCGAAUGGGCUGCCGAGACGCGAGCCGGCCCUAAGAGCCGAUUCGUUCAUGACCGACACACCGCUAGUUGGUGGAAGUAGGACACAACUGGACGUUUUCAGCACGAGCUGGUUAAUAUUUGAACAUUAAAAUAAAAAAUGUUAAUAUUUAGCCCGCGAUUGAGCAACAUUCUUGUCAGGCUGAGAGUUUCCAAGCCUUUUUUCUCCGGGACUUCGAGAAUGUCAUCAGAUUCUCAUUGGCUGUCCCCGGCUGACCGAGACCAGCAGGUGAUGGAGUUGAGAGCCGCUGGCUGGAUGGAGGUGGAGGAGCGUGAUGCCAUCUUUAAAGAGUUUCACUUUAAAACCUUUAACCAGUCGUGUGGAAGGCGGGGCCACGACACGAAGGUCACAUGAGCACCGUGAUGCGGCGCCACAGGUCACGGUUGUCAUGUGCUUUUCCAGGCCUUCGGCUUCAUGUCCCGCGUGGCGCUGCAGGCGGAGAAGAUCAACCAUCACCCCGAGUGGUUCAACGCCUACAACAAGGUCCAGAUCACGCUGACGACACACGACUGCGGCGGCCUUUCCAAGCGAGACAUCAGGAUGGCCAAGUUCAUGGACAAGGUGGCUCUGGCUGUGUAACCUCACCUUGGAUCAAUAAACGUCACCUUUGGAUUGAUCGUCUACGCUAUCUGCUCACUCUGGAUUGGUCAUGGACGGCAUGUCACUCAAAGUCGGCUUGGAUUUAUUUCACACAUUUCAUAUCAUCACCUUAAAUCACCUCCCAAUAAAUAAUAAUGGGCCGUAGGAUCACCAAGUCAUAUUCCAAUCAUAAUAAUAAUCAUCUAGAAUGUAAGCAUUAUAAUAAUAAUCAUCUAGAAUGUAAGCAU